GCAGAUCUUUCCGAGGAGGAGUAUAAAAGCAGUGUAGGGUGGAGGGCGUGAUUUCACAUUGUUGAUCUGGUGGGUGGAGAGAGAGAAGGAAGGGUACCUGGGUUUCAGCUCUCUUCUUUCUACCUCGCAUAUUUUAACUAUUCAAUCCCUAACCCUAAUGGCCGCGUCUAGCUGCGCAAGGGCAUUUCCCUCCUUCGAGGCCCGUUCAGAUCCCGAUUUCUCCCGACCGGAGAUUCCUUCUACCGGAUGCGGCAGAAAGGCCAACUCUCCCGUUCUUCGGACUGCGCACGGCUUGUCUUCCCUGAUUUUUAAGUUUCCCCCCAAUUUCGUUCGUCAGCUGAGCACUAAGGCGCGGAGGAAUUGCAGCAACAUCGGCGUGGCUCAGGUGGUGGCCGCUUCGUGGUCGAACAACCAAGCCGCCUCGGGAUUCACUCCGGCGGCUAGUGCUGUCGAUGCGGCAGGCGCCGCCUUCCCGGUCCGAGCCGCCGCGCCAGCCGCCGUCGCGCCGGUUGAGGUUGAGACUGGCUUGGUGGAGGUGGCUGAGGAUGCGUCUUGUAAUGCCGAAAAUGUAAAGCUUGAGGGUUCGCCUUCUUUAGAAUACGCUUCUUUUUUGAGUUCCGAUGGCAGCGUUGCGAUUCAUGCUGGUGAAAGAUUGGGUCGCGGCAUUGUUACUGACGCAAUAACUACCCCUGUUGUCAAUACAUCGGCUUAUUUCUUCAAGAAAACUGCUGAUCUCAUUGAUUUUAAGGAAAAAAGACGUGCAAGUUUUGAAUAUGGGCGCUAUGGGAAUUACACUACUAUUGUUGCAGAACAGAAGAUAAGUGCACUGGAAGGGGCUGAAUCAACUAUUUUGAUGGCAUCUGGAAUGUGUGCUAGCACUGUCAUGUUGAUGGCAUUGGUCCCUGCUGGGGGGCAUUUAGUGACUACCACUGACUGCUAUAGGAAGACUCGGAUAUUCAUUGAGACUGUUCUUCCUAAAAUGGGGAUCACUGCAACAGUCAUUGAUCCUGCAGAUAUUGGAGGUCUGGAGUCUGCCUUAGAGAAUAACAAUGUGACACUUUUCUUUACGGAGUCCCCUACCAAUCCCUUUCUGAGAUGUGUUGACAUUGAGCAUGUAUCAAAGCUUUGUCAUGACAAAGGAGCCUUAGUGUGCAUAGAUGGGACGUUUGCAACUCCUCUUAACCAGAAGGCCCUGGCACUUGGUGCAGAUAUCGUUCUGCACUCUGCAACAAAAUUCAUUGGGGGCCACAAUGAUGUUCUUGCAGGAUCGAUCAGUGGCCCUGAGAAGUUGAUUUCAGUUGUUCGUAACUUGCACCAUAUUCUCGGCGGUGCUCUUAAUCCUAAUGCUGCAUAUCUGAUCAUCAGGGGCAUGAAGACGCUGCAUCUUCGUGUACAGCAACAAAACACAACAGCACAGAGGAUGGCCGAGAUUUUAGAGGCACAUCCCAAGGUUAGGCGUGUCUAUUACCCAGGCCUGGCAAGUCAUCCAGAACAUGAGCUUGCUAAGAGGCAAAUGAAUGGUUUUGGUGGUGUGGUUAGUUUUGAGGUUGAUGGAGACCUGCUGACCACCGCAAAAUUUGUUGAUGCUCUGAGAAUUCCAUACAUAGCCCCUUCCUUUGGAGGCUGUGAGAGCAUUGUUGAUCAACCGGCUAUAAUGUCUUACUGGGAUCUUUCCCAGUCGGAGCGGGCCAAGUAUGGAAUCAUGGACAACUUGGUUCGUUUCAGCUUUGGAGUUGAGGACUUUGAAGACUUGAAAGCUGACAUUCUUCAGGCUCUGGAGACGAUAUAGGCCGCCUCACCUGCUGGUUACUUUGUUUUUGUCUUUUUGUUUGUUGUCGUUAUGGGUCUUUUAUUGCCGUUUUAAUGAUAAAAAUUAACGUGUAUUUGAGGGGAGGAGCACAAAUUGGAUAGUCUAAGAUCAAUGUGUUGUUUUCUUGUGUUUUUAAUGGAUGGUGCCCCCUUUUGUCUCUCACAUCAAUAAUACCUUGAUAUAUUUUCAUCUGUUGCCUUUGUAU